UUGAGCACAAUAUUUAAGGGGUCUGGAUACUUGGUCAUCACUCAAGGUCACCAGGUGAUGUUCUAUUAUUUUAUUGGGAAAGUUGCAAAAAAGAAGUGUAUGAAUAUGUAUAAACUUAUGCAACAUGUCGUGUCCAAAUAUCAAUGUUCUCAACGAUCCAAUAAUAUUAGGAAAAUCAUCUGGUCACUCUGUGUUGCAAGAUCAGUUUUCAUUAAAUCAAAUACCAUCAGUUGGCGGGAUAUGAAGUUUAAUAUUUGUUUUGUUUUGGGUGGACCGGGUGCUGGGAAAGGUACAGUAUGCCAGCAAAUUGUGAAGGAAUAUGGAUUUGUACAUUUAUCUGCUGGUGAAUUACUUCGACAAGCUCGCGAUUCACCAGGUUCUGAAUUUGCUAGUGAAAUACAAGAACACAUGAAAAAUGGGACAAUCGUACCGGCUGAAAUUACCUGUGGCUUAUUAUAUCAAGCAAUGCGAAAAAAUUCUGAAAAUGCUAAUUGUACGAAUUUUCUUGUGGAUGGUUUUCCACGUAAUGAUGAAAAUCGUUUGUGUUGGGAAAAAGAUUUAGGCCCUCAUACGAUAUUAAAAAAUGUCAUUGUUUUAGAUUGUCCAGACGAUGUAUGUAUCCAACGUUGCCUUGGACGAAAGUCAAAUCGAGUGGACGAUAAUGAAGAAACAUUAAAGCAUCGUAUAAAACAAUUCAAAGAACAAUGUAUGCCGAUUAUUCAAUUCUAUGAAGCACAAAAUUUGGUGACCAGAAUUAAUGCAAAUAAGUCUAUACCUGAGGUAUAUGAACAGGUUCGAGAAAUGAUGAAGACCUUGAAUAUCAUCAGUUGCAAAUGAAGAACAGAAAAAAAAAACCAUAAUUCAACUUUCGUAUUUGUAUUUUACAAAUUAAUGCUAGUUGUAUUUGCUAUGACUUAUUCCCCUCUCUCUCUCUCUCUCCUUUAUUAAUAAAAAAGACAAUGUUGUUGCAUAAUGAUCAUUAUUUUAUAGUUGAUUCGAUAUAAACAAACACACCAUGCACUGAUUGUUUCUUAUUAUCGACUCCAAGAAAAUCAUAUAAGUCAAGAUUAUUUUUCAUUGGGAAGAAAAUUAUUUAAGUAGCAGAACUAUGCGAAAAUGAAGUAUCAGUGUAAAAUUAGAAUUAUUAAUUUCAAAUAUUUCUUUUUGAAUACAAAGAAAUGAUUCAACUUUGUCAGUUAUAACAGAAUCUUUUUUUUUUGCAGAAAGAGAUGCGAUUUUCUUGUCUUUAUAUUCUUUGAUAAUCAUGUCAUGACGUGUAAUAAUAAUAAUAAUAAAAUAUAUUGCCCAA